AUGUCUUUGAAGCCAAUGGAAGAAAAGAAUGAAGAAGAAUACACCAUUACUGAGGAGAGAGAAGAGCUCAUGAUUCCACCUUCUUCUGAUACAAAACCAACUUUAAGAAAAUCCCAUUUCCUUAAACCUCUCAUAAACCCCAUAAAUCAAUCUUUGCCCAAAAUCUCUCAUCUUUCCCUCUCUUCUCCCAACAACAUUAACAAGCUACUAAAAAUAGUUAAUUUUAAGGGGAGGCCUAAGCCUCUUAAAGCAUGGGAGACAUGGGUUAAAGAUUUACAACAAACCCAUGAAAUUAUUUGGAAGAAAGUUGGGAUUUUUCAUGCAAUUAAGGCUUCAAUUUACAAGAUUAAGAGAGAUAAUGAGUUAAUCAUGUGUUUAGCUGAGAAAUGGUGCCCUGAAACUAACACAUUUGUCUUCCCAUGGGGUGAAUCCACCAUUAGUUUGGAGGAUGUUAUGGUUUUAGGUGGAUAUUCUGUUUUGGGAAAUUCCGUUGUCAACACUUUUAACAACAGUAAAUCUGCAAAAAUCAAGGAAAAACUGGUAAAAUCUUGCUAUGUAAUUAAAAAAAAGAACCGCAGCAAGCAAUUGAGUCAUUGUGGAUGGAUGUAUUAUCACAAGGGAAGAGGUGGUGAAAUGGAGCAUGUUGCAUUACUUGUUUUGUGGUUGACAAGGUAUGUGUUAUCUACAAACUUGUACAUUACUCCAAAUGUUUUUGACAUUGCUAUUAGUCUUGUUUUGGGUACCAAAAUUGCUUUAGCACCUGCAGUUUUAGCUCCAAUUUAUAGAGACUUGACCUUAUUGAAAGAAUAUAUUACGUCUUACAAUGAGAAAGAUGGUUAUGCUUAUGGUGAUGAUGGUUCAUACCUUGUUCUUUGUGCACCUUUUCAAUUACUUCAACUCUGGGCUUGGGAAAGGUUUCCGGCUUCAAGUCCGAAACCGGCCACUUUGAUGUGCGGUGAGCCACGAGCGGCUCGUUGGCACAAUGUAAUGAAACUCAAAUCUGCGAGUUUGAGGUUGGAUAUUGAGUCUGCUGCUGACAGUUUUCUAUGGAGGCCUUAUACUUUAUGUCUGAAAAACUGGGAGUUCCCCAAGUUCUAUUGUGAUGAUGAAAGAUGGGUGCUAAUGAAUUCUGAGGUGGGUGAUGAUUUAUUGUCAUUUGUGAGGUGUCUGAGGGUAAGUGAGUUAGUUGGUUUGGAUUGUGUGAUGCAAUACCUACCACAUAGAGUUGGGAUGCAAUUCGGAAUGGAUCAAGACAUCCCAGAUUUCGUUGCUAGAUCUAAUUCUAAUGUUGAGCUUGCUUGGAGUAGCUAUGCAAAACCACUUGAAGGGAUGAAGUUGUACUUACCUCCUCGAUUGUUCGAGGGAGAUGUCACGGUGCAGUAUUCUACGUGGUGGAGAUCACCAAUGUUGGCUCUUGAGAAUGAUACACUGAUAACCUAUAAAAGGCGGAAGAGAAGUUCGAGGAAAGUUAGGACACUGUCUAGGAUAAUAAAGGGACCUUUUGGUUUAUCUUUUGAGGGUAUGGCAUCUCCAAACCCAUUGAAUAUCGUUAAUGACAUGGAUUCAGAUGCUGGAUUAAAUCCAUUGAAUGAGCAAGAGGAUGGAAGAAUGUAUGCCAGUAUUGCAUCUGAGGAAGUGGAAGGAAAGAAGGUUAUGAUCAUAGAUGGUGGCAGUAAGCAUUCUGAGGCUACCCAUAUAGGCCAAGAGACAGAGAGAUUGUGUUCUGUGCUUGCUGAAGAUAAUCAUGUCAGUGAAGAUGAAAUAGAAGUUGUCAUGAAGCAUGAGUGCAAUGCACCUGUUGAUGUUGAAGACGAGAAUGAUGUGAAUGGACAUGAUAGGAUCACAGAUGGUGGCAACAAGCGUUUCGAGGCUACCCAUGUAGGCCGAGGGACUAAGAAAUUAUGCUCUUUGGAAGCUGAAGACAAUCAUCUUGGUGAAGAUGCAAUGGAAGCUGUCAUGAAGCAUGAAUACACAGCACCUAUUGAUGUUGAAGAUGAGAAAGAUGAUCUCAAACAACUUGAAGCACGAGGUCUUGUGCUUGAAUCAAGGAUUAGUAAGCUAGAGAGGUUAGUUGCUAGGUACAAAGUGGCUAAAUUAAAGUCUAAGGUAUAACUAUACAUGCAUCAAUGUUGGCUUAAAGAGAGUAACACAUACAACCUCCUACUUUGUAGUAAAUUGGAUGAUUCAGUUAUAUAUAAUGUAAUUAUAAUGGACAUCGAUG